AUGAAUGCAAAACCAGUAGUCCAUGAUGCUGAAGAUGCAAGUGAUGAUGAAGAUGAUGAAGGUGACAGAUUGGACUGGUGCGAUGAUGAGGAUGGUGCAAGUUCUGGAGAUGAAGACUAUGAUAAAUCUGCAAAGGUUGAGGGAGUAGAAGAAGAGAUGGAAACUGACCCACCUAAGAAAGAAGAAAUGGAAAUUGACCCACCUAAGAAAGAAGAUGGAGCUAGUGAGAAAAAGAAGUCAAAGGUUGAUGAUGAAGUUCUGAAUUUAGAGAAGAGUUCAAUUGAUUUAGCGGUUGGACAGCGAUACGACACAAAAUAUGAGUUGGAAACGAGAUUGAAGGUCCUUACAGUUACACACAAGUUUGAUUUCAAUGUUGGCAGAUCAACUCCAAUGUUAUUGACUGUUGAGUGUUGGGUGAAAGGAUGUAAAUGGAGAGUUCGUGCUACAACUAUUGGAGAUUCUCAUGCAUUUCAUAUAAAAGUAUACAAAGGAGAGCACUCUUGUUCUGUGACUGAGCGUUCAGUCCGUUCCCGGCAAGCUACUCACCAGAUUUAUCCUAAAAGCUAUUCACCCUAA